UCUUUCUUACCCAAACCUCGACUAGACUAUUCCCGUCUCCUUUCCGACCCCUCUCUCACCGAACAAAACGCCUUAUCCCGUCGAGCGCCUCUUCGACCCGACCAUCUAGCCCACUUGUCUCGUCUCCGCGACACCCAACUUCUUCUCCUUCAGAAACUAGAUUCCGUCCGAAACAAACAAAAAGAUAUCUCAUCCAUGAUAAAAAACCAACUUGGGGAUACAUCAGAACUUGUCAGACAAGCUAAAAAGUUAAAAGCUAGGAUACAAGAAUAUACGCUUAAUCUAUCUUCUACCGAAGAUGAACUCCUCGAACUCGCCCUUCUCUUACCUAGCUUUUCUCACCCCGAUUCUCCUAUAGGUAGUGAAGAGAAUGCAAGAGUGAUAGAACAAUUCGGACCUACCCCAAUGGAGAGAGACGAGAAAAGAGAUCAUUUAUAUAUUUGUGAGAAAUUAGGUUGGUUGGAUAAUAAAGCUAUGACUACAACGACAGGAUCUUCUUGGCCUUUUUUAAUUGGACAAUUAUCAUUAUUGGAACAAAGUUUAAUUCAAUAUUCAAUUUCGAUAGCUGUCAAACAUGGUUUCACACCUGUUUCAACACCUGAUGUUGUGAAAGAUGAUUUAGCUUGGAGAUGUGGUUUUCAACCGAGAGAUCAAGCAGUAAUUGGACAACCUGAUCAGAUAUACAGACUUCAAACUCCUCCGACUUCCCCAGGGUUAUGUUUAGCUGGAACGGCUGAAAUCCCUUUGGCGGGGUUAUUCGCUGAUCGGAUAUUACAACUUGAUCAACUCCCUAGGAAAGUGGUAGGUGUAGGGAAAGCUUACAGAGCUGAAGCAGGAGCAAGAGGGACUGAUACAAGAGGAUUGUAUAGGGUACAUUGGUUUACCAAAGUGGAGCUUUUUGCGGUCACAAAAGGGGCUGUGGAAGAAAGUGAAAGGAUGAUGGAAGAGAUGAAAGAGGUGCAGAAGGAGGUAGCGAAGGGGUUAGGGUUGAGUGUGAGGAUCCUCGACAUGCCGACGGAAGAACUAGGAGCUAGUGCGUGUAGGAAAUACGAUAUGGAAGCUUGGAUGCCUGGAAGAGGUAAAUGGGGGGAGGUGAGUUAA